UGACGAGCUGCUAUCAUGCCUGCACUGCUCCCGUCGAAAUCCCCCCCUAAGCGCCCCCCCCAGACUCUGGGCUAGCUCCUAAAUUCGGUGGAGCCUUUCUCGCUCUUGCCUCUCCCGUCACCUGGAUCUUUCGCUCCCAUACUUGCAGUUUGUCGUCACCAGGAGCGAUUCUAGUUUUAGGGCUGAAAGGUGAUGGAUUGAAUCAGUCUUGGUUGAUUGAUGCGGGGGAGCUGGGCGUGGAGCGGGAAGAAUUGAUCUGCCGUAUGGUUGGUUGGCUGGGUGCACUACGACAUUCCAUCCCCGCUCGGAGCCUUCUCGUGAGAACUCGGUCAACUGGUCCUUGAUUCCUUCAGAUGGUCUUGGCGGCCGCUUCCUCGGGAGUCGCUCCUUGAGUCGGUUUGUCGUCAUAUAUCCUUCUUGGAGUAAAUACCGUGAUGGCCUUGUGUAUGUGAGGGGCUGCAUUAGGCGGUGUCCACGCAAGUUUUUGCGUUCGAGGAGAUGCAGUGGUGUGAACCUUCAUGUACCUCACAUUGCAACUCAAGAUCUGUCUGAUAUCCGCCAAUUCGAGAUCGAUUGCUUGUGAUGCUUCGCCACUCUCUGUGUCAGCUAUCAAUGUAACCGCUGCAGCCAGGUGGAACUAAUCCCUGGAGACUCAUUCCUGGAUUGCGCCGCUAAGAAUUUGAUUCGUAGCCAACAUGCCAAGUAGUUUGAUGAUGGAGGAAUCACCGAAACAGUCCAAAUUUCCAUCGCGGAAAUCGGUGACAGAGUUUGGACUGCUCGGGUGCUUCACAUGCUCCAUGAUCGUGUUACACAAGCGCGAGGUGGCCAGCUCCUCAUCCAGCUCCUCUUCCAAGGGCGAAUUCUUCAGCAACGACGAUCCAGAUGUGGAGCUUUUCACCACUGACAGCUCUUCUGUCUUGGACAUGAAGAAAAUAUCCACAAUAAGGUUUGGAAAGUCUCUUACUGACCACAAAUUGACUGCAUUGUCCGUCCAAGCCGCGGCGCCGAUUAUGAAUACUGACACUGAAGCCACGGAAGAAUCCUUCGUGUUUUCUCCUCCUGCUUUAGCCGACAGUGUUGCGGAAUCUCCGUCGUUCAGAACCCUCUCAGAUCCUCUUCUCAGCACGUUCUCAUACGAUUGUGCCUCGGGGGCGGAGACUCUGGCGAGAAUCAGCGUCAGUAGAACAGCUGGAAAUCAAAGCUUUGGAGGGCGUCCGCAACCUCUUCCACCCGUGGUCUUGAAUACGAAAGUCGCCCCAAGUGGUGCCAAGCCUGUUUGGCUGCCUUUACCGGAGCCGAAGGAUGAUCAGUGCGGGAAUGGUUCCUCAUUGUCGACCUCAGAGCUGCGGUUCAACUCGGGCGGCAGCUAUGAAGUCUCCACUCCGUCCAGCCAGCUAUCGUCAUUAACUUCUUUGGUUCGGAGCGAGAUUGGAUCAUGGAGUGCUCGGCGAGCGAAAAAAUCCUCUACUCGAGGUUUGCCUCUUCCGCCGCCGUCUGUGGCGACCAAAUUGUUGCCUGGUCUUGAAUCUUACGAAUUCAAGGAGCUUAUGGAUGCCACACAAGACUUUGCACCGGGAUGCUGUAUGGAGAAAGGGGAGUUUGGCGCCGUAUAUCGGGCGAGUAUGAAGAACAGGGCUGCUGAGCACACAAUGAAAGAAAUGGCGGUGGUUCGGCUUGCCGCCAUCGAUAGUCAGACUUUGAAGGACUGGAAAGCGGAUGUUCAAUUGAUGGCGCAGUUGCCAGACACCGACAUAUGCCUGGUCAAAGGUUACUGUUCGCACGAGGACGUGAAAUUAGACUACGCGAAGAUUGUAGAGCGUCUGCUUGUAUUCGAGCUAUCUCCUAAUGGCAACCUUCACGACUAUCUUAGCGGAACUCGUUCCAAAAUCCAGUUGGAUUGGUCUGCGCGAAUCAGCAUUGUCCUCGGCGCGGCUCGUGGUCUCUUGUACCUUCACGACCGAGCUCCUGUGCAAGUUUUGUACCGAGAAUUCAAAUCCUCCUGCGUACUUUUGGACAAGGAUUACACGCCUAGGUUGGCUGGCUAUGGCUUGACAGUGACGAAUUCGCCUGCUGACAAGAAAUUUCUGUUCACAACGGCGAUGAAGAUAAGCCAGACUCAUGCUAAGAGCAACGUACGCAGCUUCGGCAUCGUCUUGCUUGAGCUUCUAACUGGUAAGUACAGCCGCGACUCAUUCUUCAUGUGCGACGAGAAGAACUUCGUGCAAUGGGCAACUCCUUUUCUUAAAGAUGAAUCCAAGCUGCAACUCAUCUUAGACCCGCGCAUCAAAGGAAAUUGCCCGAUGAAGGGAGCUUUGAAGCUCGCUGAGUUAGCUCUCUGGUGCUUGAAGAGGAAGGAAGCUCAAAGACCCAGCAUGUCGAGGGUGGUUGACACCCUCAAAACUAUCAAAGACAACUAUCACAACUUUGAUCACAGCUUCAAGGGGCAAGAAAAGCUGCGCGCUACUUUUGGAGGCAUUUCUUUCAACGAUCUACGGCACAGGUCCCAAGUUGUGAGUCAAUAUUUGUCCAUGGAAUGUGCGUCGUCCAUCUCGGAUUCUUCUGGAGAAGAUGACUCAAAAACUUCUGCUUCUGUUUCAAGCUCACUAGCCUACACGCUGUAGACUGGGAAAUUCCUAUGAUGAGUAAUUCUCUGUCGCCUGAGUAAGUUUGUGAUAGCAUUAUUAUCAUGUAGAGACUGGACAUGCCUCAGUAGUGAGCAGUGCUCUUGGAGCGCAUGUAGGGCACAGUUUUGUGCCAAUUUGUACAUUAGAGCAGAAUUGGUAGCGAAUCCUAGUUGCGUCAGCUCUGAAUGCCCCAGAAAUUAAAACCCGAGAGCCGAGUAGACCAAGAGAUUAAUUACUGCUACGACAAAAUACUGCACAGCUAGUUUUAACAGGCACGAGCAUUAAAUACUUUUAACAAUUGAACGAAAUGAAAGUUGUCAAUUCGUCGUA